CGCGACGGCAGGCGAAAGCCACGUGACAUCGCUAGUGGCGGGGUUCCGGCGAGCUCAGUCGGAGCAGGCAGUGCUGACGCUCUCUUCCGUUCUGUUGGCAGCGGCAGAAGCAAAGAUGAAGUUGCUGGUCCUGUCUGCGCUGCUCCUCUUUGCCUCCGUCCAUUGCGAGGAAGGGGCCAGGCUCCUGGCCUCCAAGGCUCUGCUGAACAGAUAUGCCGUGGAAGGCAGGGACCUCACCUUGCAGUACAACAUCUACAACGUGGGUUCAAGUGCAGCCUUAGAAGUGGAGCUAUCGGAUGAUUCAUUUCCUCCAGAAGAUUUUGGGAUCGUUUCUGGCAUGCUCAAUGUCAAAUGGGACAGGAUUGCACCCGCCAGCAACGUCUCCCACACAGUGGUCCUGAGACCCUUGAAAGCUGGCUACUUCAACUUCACAUCAGCUACCAUCACAUACCUGGCUCAGGAAGGGGGACAGGUGGUGGUCGGCUUCACCAGUGCUCCAGGGCAGGGAGGGAUCCUGGCGCAGCGUGAAUUCGACAGGAGGUUUUCACCGCACUUUCUGGACUGGGCGGCCUUUGGGGUCAUGACUCUCCCUUCCAUCGGCAUCCCCCUGCUGCUGUGGUACUCGAGCAAAAGGAAGUACGACACUCCCAAGACCAAGAAGAACUGAGCCAUGGAGGUGACCGUUGAGGUUGACUUUGGGAGUGACAGCAGUGCAAACAGCGGCUCCACGCUCUUUUUCAGAUGUGGAAUUCGUGUGUCGCUGUUCGGGAAGCAGCUGCCAUUAUUAAAGCAAAUGCUGGAGAAACAAGCCUCCACCCCUCGGGGCCAUCCUUUCCCUUCCUUUCUCCUCUCCUCUGUGAUCCAGUUCUGGCCACGCUGCUGAGAGAUCCACCCAGCUUCAAUAAUGGAGACUCUCCUCUCAUCAAAACUCCCCUUUUCUCAGUCAGGAAUUUGUUUAGCAAAGAAAGAGGAGAAACCAUGAAUGCAUUCAAAUGGGGGGACACUUUGAUAUGAGUCUGAAACAGAGAGAGAGCUGUCAUGUUCUGUGGGAGGGUUUUUUAAAAUCACAAAAAUAAUAAAUCACAAAUGAUGAA